UUAUUAUUACGGUACAAGGCGCGCUGGAUUGUACACGUCAAGGAGGGCUGGCAUCCAGAUAUAUGCCAGUUCGUCCGUUGUGACAAUGACCGCCCCAUUGAUUUCGUAUCCAAUUCUCCUAUGAUCGUUCUCUGUGUUUCGGCCGCCUCUUACCACUCACUUUGUGACCUCUCCUCGUUUAUGUUCCGAGUCCGAUAAACAACACCGCUGAUCCUCGGCAACGACCCGACUCUUGCACGGACACCACAUCUCGUAUCCUCACGUUUUACAUCGCAUUGAGCAAUCAUGGCCGUGUUCGUAGACUUGGCCGAGGAAGAUGAUAGCCCUCAACAGGACGGACGUCCGCUGUGGCCCGGCCGAGUCGAUGCCGUCAAGCCGAUGCCCGUAACCGCGGCAGGCGGCAGCUUGCCGGGCGCCGAUUCCGGGAUCAACACCCCGGAGGGCAAGCAACGCGAGGAGGCUCACGGGCUCGCCGUCAGGGAGAACCUGAACCGGAACUCCAUGACGCAGGCUUUGGGAUGCUAUCCUAUCAUCAUGUCGGUGGCCUCCCACAUCGACCUGAACACGCUCGAUAACCUGUCGCGUACCUGCAAACAGAUCCGGGAGGGCUUGCUCCAGUACCGCAAGAUGCUGCUUAUCUCGACCCUGCACUGCGUCAACGAGGGCCUUCCCGUAGAUCCGGAGGAGACACUGCGUUACCGAGCCCGUGCUGCCAACUGGUACUAUAUGCAAGAUGCUGGAAGGUCGCAGCAUGGUGGGAAGUCCGGACGGUGUGCUCGCGAUCUAGUGGCCGAGUGCCGGCGGUGCGGCACUGUUGUCUGUCGGAACUGUGCCAAAAAGCCUCCAGCGCCCGUUGCCCUCAGCGGUCGACAUCGGCGGCUCUGCGAGGCAUGCGUGCACGCACCUCUUGGCUCGCUUGUCAAGCCAACCCUCGGGCCAGAGGUCCGCAUCGAGUCAGAUGACAUGCAACGAGCGAUCUGCAGGUGCGAAUCCGAGGCUGUCUGGCUCUGCCAGCCGUGCGGCCGAUCUAUCCUUGGUGAUGAUUCCGAAUAUCAGGGCAUAUGGAAAUGGCGCAACCAAUACACCGACGUGCUCGGCGGCCUCGGCACCGGCAUAGGCGAAGGCGACCGCGGCGUCAUCUGCGGCCGCGAGACAGAGUGCUGUGCUGCGCGUGAACGAGAGCAGGAGACAGACGGAGACGCUGAGGACGCACGCGAGGCUGAGCACUAUUCCCACAGCAGUGCCAGCAGCGUCGUCUCAUCCCUGGCGCCCUGGACCCUCAGCGGCCCUGGUAGUACGGCGAGCUUGAGCAGCUCGUCAGGCACCUCGCUGUUCGAUCGCAGGACGCCUAGCCCGGCGCUCAAGCCAGGGUAUGAGAGGCAUGAGAUCGAAGGGAUUGGUGGCGUCCUGAAGAAGAAGAUGGUGAGAAUGGUAAAGGUAGGCGCGUGCGUGCCGGAAUGGGACGAUGAGCGGGCAAAGGGAGAGAUCCUGGGCCGCGAGGUGCAGGGCAGGCGGAGGAGUUGGUGUGGCUGGUGUAGGAGGGUUAUCCCCUCGAGGAAGGAUUACGAGGAGGCUGGGCGGUCGGAGGCUAAGGGGAAAGGGAAAGAAAAGGAGGGCCCGGAACCCCAGCUAACGGGGUGAUAAUACGGGAUGCUGGUCGUGGUAGGAGCUGGGUUUGUCUUUUUAGAGCUCGAAAAAUGGUCGGGAGAGGGGUUAACUAAGGUGUCUAUGAAUAAACGGGGUGCUCCAUGGUCAAGACACUUCAAAGUCCAU